AUGGCGGGCAAGCCGAGCGAGGCAGCACCCCUGCUGAUACAGGUCUGCACAGCCUGUGGCGCUGCCUCCAGCCCCGCCCAGAGCGGCGCUCCCGGGGUGGAGCUCAGCGCCAGGACUGAGACAGCAGGUGGCAGCUCGCAACCGCCCGCCGGCACCCCGGCGGCGCUUGGGACGCCGUGGGGCAUCACCACCGCGCUGCUGCUGGCCGACAUGUUUGGCAUCGGGAGCCUGGCCCUGCCGGGAGUGUUCGCUCGCCUGGGCUGGCUGGUCUCUGUCUCGCUGCUGGUCGCCUUUGCACUGGGGUGCGGAUACCUGGGAAUCUUAUUCUCCAAGCUGGCGGUGGCGGUUCCGUCCGCCCAGAGCAUGGAUGAGAUUGGCGCCGCAGCGAUGGGGAAGACGGGGAAACGGCUGGUGUAUGCCCUGGCCGGGUCGGCCAUUGUGGUGGAUCCAAUCGCCCUGCAUAUUGUGUCUAUGUUGGCUGUUCAACAGAUUUUUCCAGCCCUGGGCACGCUGGCGGCAUCGGCGGUUGUGGCCGCCUGCAUGCUGCCGCUUGCUCAGAUUCAGAGCAUUCACGAUGCCGCCUGGCUGUCCUUGGUGGCAACCGUCUGCAUGAUCUGCGCUGUGCUUGCAACGCUGUUCAAGCUGUUGGCUAUCGAGGGGAGCCAGUGGGAUGCCACCUCGCUGCUGCCGCCGCCUGGCACGCGUGGCAUCGAGGGCUUGAUUGCGGCGCUCUGCCUGUGCUUCGCCUUCGGGGGCCAAGUCAACUGGAUGCGCUACAUCAGUUCCAUGCAGCACAGAGAGGACUUCCGGUUUUCAGCAGAACUAGCAGAUGCAACGUUUAGUGUGUUCUACGUCUUGAUUUCGGUUGUCGGCUACUCCAAGCUGGGCCCCAACUUCGACCACAGCAAGCCCAUCACGUCGGUGCUGCCAUGGGACUGGUGGACGGUGGUGAUCAACACCGCGCUGUUGAUUCGUUGCUUGGUGGCAUAUGUGCUCAACGCCAACGUGUUCUCCGAUCUCUUCUGCCGGCUGGGCCGGCCCUGGCUGAGCAAGCUGGAGGAUGCCAGCCCGCGCAUGGGCCGCAGGGCAUCCUGGGCGCUCGUCAGCUGCUCGUGCGUCAUCAUGAGCUUCCUGGUGGCCUAUGCGGUGCCAAAGUUUGACCUGGUCCUGGCGGUCAUCGCUGUGGUGGGAGACGUGGCAGCUCCCUACACGCUGCCCGCGCUGUUUGGCCUGAAGCUGCUGCCCGACCUGCAUCGCUGGGAGCGGUGGCUGCUGAAGACGCUGGUGGCCGUCAGCGUUCUCUUUGCUCUGUUUGGAGGGUAUGCUGCCCUGUAUACCCUGCUGGAGACCCUGGCAGAUUGA